UUCUUUUUUUUUUCCCUUUUUUUUUGAAAUUGCAAUUUUGCAGAACGGUUGAAACAGUUUUUUUGGUGGUUCCAUUUAUUUUUUAUACCUAUCUCUCUAUCUAUUUUGCAAUCAACUAUUAAGGUGCAACUAUGCCCAAAAGAAAGGCUCCAGCUGAAGGCGAGGCAAAGGAGGAGCCAAAGAGAAGGUCAGCUAGGCUAUCUGCUAAACCUGCUCCACCAAAACCGGAGCCAAAGCCCAAAAAGGCAGCACCUAAGAAAGAAAAGGCAGCAAAUGAUAAAAAGGAGGACAAAAAGGCAGCAACAAAAGGGAAGAAGGGAGCCAAAGGCAAAGAUGAAACUAAACAAGAGGAUGCUAAAGAAGAAAACCACUCUGAAAAUGGAGAUACCAAAACUAACGAGGCACCAGCUGCUGAAGCAUCUGAUGAUAAGGAAGCCAAGUCCGAGUAAUGUUAACCCUGCCCUAUAUCUCCAUCAUUUGGUAUCCGUACCUCCAUGCUGUAUUGUUAACAGAGAGGAAUAUUUUUAUCAACUAUUUUAUAAAUGCAGGUUUUUUUAGCAUGAAUUUAAUUAUGGAACAUCUUCAUCUCGGUUA